AUGCAAGGAGAUUCCCACCCCAGUCGUAGCAAGCAGAAGGCCCUAUCACUGGUCCCUGAUGAAGCCGUUGCAAUGGGCUGUUCAGUGGUUGCGCUGUGGUUGGACGUGGGUGCUGAUGCGCUGGUGCUUUGGCUGAUGUUGUACUCUGUGCCCGUUUGGCUUGCACCUGGGUCUGAGUGCGAGGGAGUGAAGGUGG